AUGGAGCUGGGGAAACAAACAGAGGCUGAUGAAAAUGACGACGUAGUGUCACGGCAGUUUACAAUAAAAAACAUGGCAAGCGCUUUUCAAGCCCUGGGAAAAGCAAUGGUGUACUUUGAAGAGCAAGACCCAAAUGCAGAACGCUUUGCCAGAGUUCACAGGGCAAUGGAAGAUGCAGUGACUUGCUACAAAGAAAUCUAUGAUGAGAAGAGAUAUGCUGCUAAACAGUCAUCAAUUCUUCAUUUCUUCAAGCAAGCUUCUCAUUCCUCAGCCUCAUCUCCAGCCUCAACUCCAUCCACAUCUUCAACUCCAUCCCGACUGUCAACUCCAUCCAGAGCAUCAACCUCAAGCCGAUGUUCAUCCCCAGACUCCCCUGAUGAAGAACUUCUUACUUCAACAUCACCUCAGAAACAGAAUGAGUGAGCGAGUGAGGCAGCAGCUGUGUGUGGGGGAGAGAAAACGAAAAUGGGAAGCCUGUUACCAUGACAACACGGAGGUAGACGAUCUUGAGGGGUUGCACACCCACCAUCACAACAAUAACAACUCCGGAGCCUUCGCCUGGGCCACACGACACUCGCAGCUCACUUGCACCGUUUGCGCCUGUCUGCUGAUCCCUAUUGCAUU